UUUUCUCUCCUCCUACAAGCGAAUCUUUCCCUACUCUCUCGUUCAUGGUGUUCAGAGUAGCAAAACAACGAAACCUUCUUCUUUCGUGUCCACAAACCCUAAACCCUAGUUUAAAUUCCUCCUCCAUUAACGCUGGCCCUUGUUCUCCUCUGAAAACCCUAAUCUCUAACCAAAACCCUAAAAUCUACUUCUCUUUCUCGUCUCCUCUUUCCUGUAAUUGUUCCCCUUCCCCUCCUCCUUGGACUUCAAAUUCUCUUUCCUUUCCUCUGUUCCCAACCUCUUCUACCACAUCUUACAGAAGCUUUAGUUCGGGAAAUGCUCCUCGGAGGCCUCGGAGAAGUUCGAGGAGUCCUACGCCUCGAAAUGUGGGUGCAAAUCGCGAUAAUUUGACGGAAAUAAUGAGGUUGAUCGAAGAAGAUGAAAGCGGCGCGGAAGCGAAGUUCGAUCAGAUGAAUUUGAGGCUCUCGCAGUCUCUGGUUUCGGAUGUGAUUCUUGCUUUGAAUGAUCGAGGCGUUUCCGCGCUGCGGUUCUUCAAUUGGGUUCUGAAUUGUAACCCUAACUUUGUCCCCAGUGCAAAAGUUUACAACGUGCUUGUGGAUAACCUUGGGAGAUUAGAUGAUUACGAGACAAUGCGGCGCUUGUUGGCGGAGCUUUCGGUGAAGAGGCAUUGCCUAACCGAGAAGGCGUUCGCCUUUUUGACGGUCUCCGGUCGCGGUAACAUUAAGGAUUCCAUCAGACGAAUAAUUGAAAUCCUGAAUGGGGUCGGCGGGUCUUGUCGCGGAUCAGGAAUCUUCUCGCUGAUCAAGCUGCUUUGUUCUGUGAGCACCUUCGAUCUUGCGAUUUUCGUAAUGGAGGAAACUGCGAGAAAGACUUCUUACUACAAUGUUCUUAUUGCGGCAAAGUGCCGAACUGGCAAUUUCCAAGGUGCCCGUGAAUUGUUCGAUGAAAUGAGAAGCUUUGAUUGCGACCCAAAUAUCAAGUCCUAUAAUUAUCUGCUGGGUUGCCUCCUGAAGAACAGGAGAGUUACGGAAGCUUGUGAUUUGCUCGAGAGCAUGGAAAAUUGGGGCUUUCUCCCAGAUUCAGUGACUUACGAGAUGCUUAUAUUUCAUGCUUGUAAGGCCAAGAAGAUGGAUUUGGCGACGGAGUUUCUCAAUCGGAUGAUGUCGGAAGGGCUUAAGCCGAGGAUAGCGAUGCAUUCUGCGUUCAUUAAGGGAUAUUUUUUGUCCGGGCAAGCGGAAGAUGCGUAUAAUUAUGUAGUGGGUAUGAGUGUGAAGGAUAAAUUCUCUGUUAAUAUGAAUUACAGUUUACUUAGCAGCCUCUUUCAUGGGUCUGGAAAGGUGGUAGAAGCAGGUAGGCUUCUUUAUGAGAUGAUGGAGAAGGGCCUGAAGCCCAACUUUCCUGUUUACAUGAGGGUAAUGAAGGAUUUGCACAAGAUGACCAGGGGAGAUCUGGCUUCGCAAUUGAAAUCUAUGUUUAUGAAAUUUAGUUCAAGCGCGCAUACCUAAGUGAUGCUUUUCUUGAUAUGAAGUUUGCAAUUAUCCUGAUCUAUCGGAACAAUGAGUGAGUUACCGGUACAUUUGUUUCAUUUAGGAUGGAAACACCAAAUGCUCCGAAAGACAAGGAGGAUCACGGCUACGCUCUGGUUUGAUCCCAUAUCGAUAAAGCUCUGCAAAAAGCUACUCAUAACUAUUCAAGAACAGAUCCAGUAUGGGGAGUGUGAUUUUCAUGAGAGACCUUUGAAGAUUCUACAUCAGUGGAUUUCUUCGAGUCCUCUCUCUAGGAAUCUGUGUGGACUGAGAAGUAUCCGCAUCAACCAAAGUUUUGCCACUCUCGACUAUAGGAGUAAAGUUUAAGCUUGCACUGUGAACAGUACACGCUAUUUGGAGUGCACAAAGAAUGAGGCACAUACAACAUUGGAAUGACGGUUAGUUCAUACAAUCAAGACGAGCUCAUGUAUCGUAAUUACAACAGAACCGGAGGGAACCCUUUGGCUUACAUUUCUACAAUGUCUUCUUCCAAACCCUACUGAUGGUUGCCGUAUUGGGCUGCAGAUCUAAGAAGCUUCAAUGUAAAUGAGUUAUGAGGACGGCAAGAGGCCUUGGUUAGGGGUCCAUGUGAUCGUAUGCUAGUAAGAAUCUCCGGUUUUCGAGUGUUCGGAAGAACUUCUAAUGGAAGGAAAUGCUGGAAGCUUUUGAAGAUUUCUUCAACAGUUAGUGGUGACCUGCUUGAUUGUUAUGUUUUGUUGUUGGUCGCCGGCUAGUGUUGAUUGUCUUGAAUACUAGAUCUACAUAUUAACAACCAUUUUAGUUAUUUUCUUAUUUUCAUUUCAAACUGUGCAGAUAAUAUAUUGUUUAUCAGUAAAAUAUUUAGAACAGAUACUAAAAUGAAUAAGAGUUCGGCUAUUAUGUUA